AUGGACCAAGUACACCAAAGGGCGCUGGAUGCCCUUCAACCCUUCAUCGCACUCACAGACUCAAGUAGUGCAAAUUCGCCCCGAUACGUCGCAAAUAUAGUCACAAAUGCAACAGCAAGCCCACACACGUACGUCUUCGCAGAACUCCUAGAACGGCCCGCAGUCCAAGCACUUCGCUCCCCAGACACCCCCGCCGAGCUCCAAGGGUAUCUGACGCUCCUCGAGAUCUUCGCCUGGGGGACAUGGAAAGACUACCAACAAACUCCCAAUCUCCCCGCACUCAGCGAUGAGCAAGCCCGCAAGCUCCGUCUCCUCACCCUCCUCUCUCUCGCCUCCACAAUCAAGCCCCUCACCUACGAAAUCCUUAUGGAGUCUCUCUCCCUCUCAGCCCCAUCCGACCUUGAAUCCCUCGUAACAGCAGCUAUCUAUUCCUCCCUCAUAACUGCCAGACUAUCCCCAGCGACAUCACCACCAACCGUGAACGUAACAUCCGUCGCUCCCCUCCGCGACGUAAAGCCCAGCUCCCUACCACCCAUGAUCUCAACCUUAACAGCCUGGGAAUCCCGCUGCGGCUCCGUCAUAUCCGACAUCGAAGCCGAAAUUGCCAAAAUACGAGCUGACUCCGCACAACGCCGCGCCACGGAACACGCCCGGGUCGUGAUGAUCGAAAAGACGAUUGCAAAAUGGAACGAUGAGUCCGCCGAGGCAGGCGGGGCAGGGCCCUUCGCCGGUGCUGGAAACCAAGGGGCUAAGAAGUCAGGCUGGAAACCAAAAGACCUCGGAGCGGCAUUCCGGAGUCGCGACCUCUGGGGUGGUGGAAGCAACAAGCGCGAGUUUGAUGAUGAUGGAUACUUUGAUGGCGGCUCGUUUGACUUUGAUCCUCAUGGCUCUGGGAUGGAUAUUGACGAGGACGCUGGGGUUAAAUUGGGUUCUGGUUCUGGAGGGACAAGGCAGUCGAAGCGCUUUCUGGGGAAGAAGUCAUAG